UCUCUCCAGCUAGCUUCUCUUUCGGAAAUCUAAUUAUUCCUCCUUGUCAUCUGACCACGGUUACACGCCACAUCUUUUGCUAUUCUAUACGUUUUACUAUCAUGAAGAUCGUCACGCUGUUUUUAUGGCCAGUUUUAAUCCCGGCUUGGUGUUUUGGACAGAUAAUAGACAUCGGUGGAAUAUGGGAGAUACAAUGUCCUCAUGUAUGCAAUUGUCAGAUAGCAAAGUUCUAUGAUUUGCCUUUGUAUCGGUGGGCCAACAUGAACACGAAUAAUCAAGAGGAUUUAGAACCGGGGGUGAAUUAUUAUCAAAGUUUGAACAAUGACGAACCAAUGGCAACCGAGUUGUUGAAAGUAGCCACGUGUGUGCUGACAAAGGACGCAAAGCAGUUGCUGGAAUCUCUUCCGAUAGAUUUGCAGGUAUUGACUAUUCUAGAAUCUGGAGACGGAGACAAAGAAAUCCGGUUGAGUUCCACCGACACUAAUCGUUUCACCGAUUUGAUAUCCUUGGAUAUCCAAGGAAUGGGGUACAACGACAGACUCAGAAAUUCCGGCGGGAAGCUCAAAUUAACCAAUAAAAGAUAUGGAAUAGUUCUAGAUGUGGACGCGUUGCUUCCGCUCGGUCCGACGCUUCGCUACCUCAACUUAGAACGCGUAAGGCUCUCGAGUAAAAGUACGUUCAAUAAAGGUCAAGUGAACUUGGUCGUCAAGCCGGUAAGUCAUGCGAGCAAUGAACACGAGGAUCAGGAUUCUGGACCAGAAGGUGAAGUUGUCAACCAGAAUGGCUUGAGAUUGAUAUUUUUGAGCCACGGGGGUGACGGAGAGAACGGCGAGGAAGAGGAGCGAGAAAUUUUGCCGUAUAAUUUGUACAAACAAGAAGUCGAGGGCUACAGAGAAUCUGCGCAUCUCUUUACAGGCUUAGGAAGAUUGACGCACUUGAGAGCCUACGAUUGCGCGCUAAAAGAUAUUUCUUGGGAGAUGUUUGACGGCUUGGACAGUCUGGUUUUAUUGUCUCUGGAGAAAAACGAUCUGAAAGUCAUUCCUAAAUUCUGCUUCUACGGUACACCCAUUUUGAAGUCACUAUCUUUGGCGGAGAAUCAGCUACUGACUUUGACGAGCGUCGAGCUGGCUGGACUAUUGGCACUUGAACGAUUAGACCUUCGAAGAAAUAAUUUAACUUUCUUGUCCGAACUCUCCUUUCCCCCGUUUCCAGUACUGGUCGAAGCCGAUUUUACUGGAAAUCCGCUCGAUUACAUAUUUCCAAGCACAUUUGAGAUCAUGAACGCGACAACUAAAUUAUAUCUCGGAGGCGACGGUACGCUUCUCAAGUUGCAGCAAAAUUCGUUUCUAGGAUUGCGCUUGCUGGAAGUAUUACACUUGUUUAAUGUAGAGAUGCAGGUGUUAGAGCGUUUUAUAUUACGAGGAAUGCCGGCGCUGAAGGAGUUGAAAAUGAACGGAAACAUAAGCAGCAUAGAUUUUGACGCGUUUCUCGAGCUUAGAAGUCUGGAAGAUCUGGACCUGAGCAAUUGUCAAAUUCGAGAAUUAUCCAUGGAUGCUUUUUACGGUUUGGAAAAAGUCAAGCGUAUCGAUUUGUCCAGAAAUGAAUUAGAGACUAUUCCCCCUGGCCUGUUUACUCUGCAGCAGCAAACCGACCUGAGGGAAAUUCUACUUAAUAAAAAUAAACUAACCAUGCUUCCGUUAGACUUUUUUAAAAGCCUUAAAAAUCCUGGCAAGCAACACCAAAUAUUGAAUUUGAGAUUAGACGGAAAUCCUUGGGACUGCAACUGUGAUAUGAUUUAUUGGAACCCGAAUCUGGUGAACCGAGUCAAGGAAACUGCACCUCGUUGUACAACACCAACUAAACUAAAGAAUUGGGGAGUUUUUUACGCUCUGCGUAAAGGAGGACUUCGUUGCAAGCGCAUAAAACGACGGCAUUUUCGGACAGGUCAUAAGCUCUCAAGUUACGAAGACACCAAUAACAUCAGCUAGAUUCUAGACAACGAUCCGCACAAUUUACCGUGUCACUAUAAACUUAUUAUGCACAUUUUAAGGUAGAUAGCUCGCGUAAAAUAUCGGAAUAAGAAAUUGACCAAAUCAAUUUUAAUUUGUAGCCAUACUAAUUCAACAUCUGUAUCUUAGCGUCUGAGACAAUGCUCAAAGAAGCGUAACAAAGUGAGAUUGCCACAGCAUCCGUUUUCAUGUACUUGACGAAACAAUUUUACACUGCGUCAUAUCGAAGCUGGAAAAAUGCAUCUUUAAUGCCCUCGCACAUUCUGUAAUCGUUUACUCACAAGACAAAUUUUGUAAAUUUUACGUUGUUCAAAUUGCUGCGCGUUAAACUUUAAAAAUAAAAAUUUAUUUAGACUAGAUUGUAAUGUUAUAAAUUCUGUAUCAUGCAAUAAAAAAAAUAUGAAUU